AUGCCCUCUUUUGUCCAUCACGGAGGCAACAGCUUCGCUGCCGCCUUCUUCGGUGGGCUCCUUGCGCGCCUCGAUCGCGGCGCCAACCUGGACGCAUUAUCCGUCCAGGAUGAGUUUACGUCGGAUGAGGGUAUACGGUCCGACACCGAAUACAUCAUGACCUUCGCUGGGCAGAGGGUACCUGUCCUCAGACAGGAAACAUGCUACAGCGAGACGCUUCCGCAUUCGACCCGCAAGUGCAGUAAAUCCCAAAGAAAUGGCUGGGCCCCCGUCCUUGGGUUCGUUAUCGUCUGCGUGCACGAACGCAAGGGCCAGCGGAGCAAGCCGAAUCGCGGGGUGCUGGACCAUUGGAAGGCCGGUGUCGAGGCACGCCCGCCGAUCCCGAACGAGUGGGGCGAAUGGGGUUGCAGGACGUGGGAGGGAGGUCGUCGGUAUGGGAGAAUGGUGGAGGCGCCGCUUCAAUGGGGACAGACCACGGACGUCUUCGAGGGGAUGUUCAAGCACCACACGGUCCCCGCCGUCACGUUCAACGGCCAUGUCGUUCACGGUGAGACGGACGCGACGAUCGUUCUCAUCCGCCCACCGCAGUACGGUCUUCUUCACAAGGCGGAGUCGGAGGGAUGGGACAGGCGGCGUAUACUUUCGGCAUUUCCCCAUGUGGUGAGCACACCUUUCGCACUCACACCGUCUUGGCCGAACAACCAUCCGCAGGAGAUCCGUCGAAACAUGGUCAACACCACAACAGCGCCCGGCUUCCUAGACGAGGUCGGGCUACUGUUGCGAUGCUUUUGGGACGUAACAGUGGCCAUGCGCGAGUAUUUGCACGGGGGCCAGGGCACCACCAUCGAAACGCUGUCCCCGCGGUCGAAGCGCCUCGUGAAGCGGUUCCUGGGCAUCAUCAAAGCUGAACAUCAGACCCCGAAUCCUGCCAACGCCCAGUCGUACAGCGACGUCAUGGAUUCCACUUCUCUCACCGAGUCCGCCAUCAACGACACCGCCAAUAGCCUGUCGAACAGGCUAUUGAACCUCAUCCAGGCGGUCGGCGCUGUGCGCGUGAAAACAUGGAUCUACCAUGGGCCGGACGAAGAGGAGGCCUCUGGCAGCGACGAGGAAGCGGAGGUAGAGGAGAUGGUGGAGGUGGAGCAGGCGCGCGAGGACGAUGUGGAUUAUAUACUGGGGCUGUAG